AUGAUGAGAAUGGUUGGAUCUAUUCCACAAGGUACGUCAGCGCCUCGUCAAUUGCAAAGUCAACAGCAAGCUCAAAUGAGAAACACGCAGGGAACUACACAAAUGGUCCAGUUGCAUCAGGUUCAGCAAGUUCCCGUAACAGGCCGCGUUAUUGCGAUGAAUUCAAUGCAGGCGCCGCAACAAUUGAUUCCUGUUCCGAUGCGCAUGGUUUCCAAUGGUGGAUCGAUAAGUGACGGCCAGCAAGCUCCUGGUUCGAUUCAACUUAUGCCACAGUUUCUGCCAGCAAACGCUAGAAUCGGACAAAAUAUCAGGUUUAUGCCACGUGAGUUGAUGUACCAACUGUCAUACGUAGUCGUCGCAGAUCGAGUUGAGGAUAAUGCUAUGCGAACAAGCAACACUGCUCUGAUGGUUGUUCAAGGUCCGAAUGGGCCUAUGGUUCUUAAUACUUCGACCAUGCACCCGGGAUAUAUUCCUCAGAAUCUUGUGCAAGUGCAGAUUGCUCAAGGGAUUCAGGGCAUGCAAACCAUGCAGCAAGUUCAUCGCCAGCAACAACAGCAGCAACAGCAGCAACAACAACAACAGCAAGUACAGCAACAUGGUAAGUCUAUGGCAAGUCGCUGUAAAAAACGCCGUCCUGAAAGCGGGUCUGGUGAGAUGAGUGUAGGCGAAUACCUUGCAUUAGGAAUGGACGAAAAAGGUCGGGCUGAUAGCAGCUCAUGUGGUACUGAUAGCCCAGAUACCGCAGGAGAUGCACCACCCGCUUUGGACAGAGGUGAUUCUAUCGAUGACUCAUCACCGCAACCACCCAUUGAUUCCACGAAAUCGGUGGAAGCAAUAUUUAUUCGUGAAGCAUUAGCGUUCCGCGCAAGAGGCGGAGGGUGUGGAAAGCCCCUUGUUCAUUACAUGGAUGGUUUUACGAUUGAGGAAUCUGACGUCCCGUUUCCAUUAGCUCAAUACGACAAACUUACUGAGCUCGUGUCAUCGGAUGUUCUAGACGAUAUCAUGCCAAUGAUAGCAGAUAUCGAUGUCAAGACCAAGGCUGACACAAAAGCUCCACGUGGAAAAAAUAGUCCGCCAACGAAGCAAGCUGCACCUGUAGAAGAGCCAGAGAAAGAGCACAAAAGAAAAGUACCAUCUCGCACGCGUCGGUCAACUGCAGCACAAAAUGAAGCGCCUGCUGUAAUUCCAAAGAAGGAAGAAGUUCAAGAAGAAGAAAUACCAGAGGAUCUUAAUGAAGAGCGUAAACAACCUAAGAACCGCCGGCCGGGUUCUGCUACUCAUCCUCCGCGAAGGCGAACAAAUGAGUUAGAAUUACUCUUGAAUAUGGACUUUGGGCCGAAGGAUGCUGGCCGACGUAUACUCGAUACCGAGAAACGAAAAAGUGUUCUGGAAAAGGAAAAACGGAAUUCAUCCGAAACUGGUGAAGAACACGCGGAAACAUCGGACAAGUCUCGCUCUAGGCAGAAGCGCAGGAGUACACACUCAACUACUUCUGAAAGUCCGGCAAAGUCGGAACGUCCACGAUCGUCGGUAGAAUCUGUCGAGCCGACUAGACGCAGUAGUGGAAGACAUGAUAGACGAAAAGAGAAAGAAAGGGAGAAAGAGAAAGAAAAAGAGAAAGAAAAAGAAAAGGAAAAGGAAAUAGUCCGUAGUACUCCGACGGUGAGCGCACGCAUAUUGCCACAUAUUGAAGACUCACCGGAAGACCGCUGUCUGUAUUGCCAAGUUUCUUUCAAGGAGAAGGAGCGCUCCGCUUCAACCCCUCAGUAUUGCUCAACAAAGUGUCGCCGAGCAUAUCAGUCGCUGAUGGCUAGCGAGAAGAACAACAGAAAGUUUUCUGAAAGUAUGAAGCGAGUAUCAGGUGGUGGCUCUGAAGGUACAAUAUCAUCAUCUUCAAGUGUUUAUGAUAUGCGAGCAAAGAUGGAGGAAGACCACACGCCGCCUUCAGUGUCAAAACCGAAGAAAUUCGAAGAGCCGUCACCAUCAAAGAAGGUCGUAAAAGAGGUGCAGCUUCAAACACCUAAGGUGCAGUCAACAAUGAAUUCUCCUACGAUGCUCAUUGAACCACCACAGAUUACGGAGCCACCACCGACUGUAGCGACACCGGUUGCGGUAUCGUGUGGACCUCUUAAUGUUCAAGGUGUUGACUACGAUGUUGAUCCGAAGCUUUGGACGCCUGAUGUAGCAGCCCGCUGGGCGCAAGCAGUGACGGGUUCUGAAACGUGUGCAGCGACAUUCUUGCGAGAAGAUGUCGACGGAGACGCCAUGUUGAUGAUGGGUUUCGACGAUUUACGCAGUCACCUUUCGUUUACAUUCGGUCCAGCAAAAAAACUUCAUCUUGCUAUCGAGCAACUAAAGGUUUUCCGUGAUCAACGAUAUGGUACACCGUAG